CAUAAAUUGCUGGACGUUUCAACAGUCUUCGUGCGUUGCAUUUUGCUGUCGCCAGCAAAAUAAAUUUUGUGAAGUACACGUAAAUUAUUCGAAGCUUAUAAAUAUAUUGGCAAUGUCAUUAACUGUGGCUCAAUAAAUACACAUAUCUACAAAAACGUCUAAGAGCAAAGCAAAAGAGCUGCAACAAUGGCUAAUUUGACCUUGUUGUUUCUAACUUUAACACUUUGCGUUGCCAGCACUGUGCAGCGGCAAUUGGCGGUGGAAGACAUUAACGGGAAGCAGAAUUUGGAGGAAGAUUUAAGCAUAGUACAUUAUCAGCCGGAGCAGGUGCAUCUAGCAUUUGGAGAGCGCACCGCCAGCGAAAUUGUUGUCACUUGGUCAACGCGCGAACUGCCGCCGUCUGCGGAAAGCAUUGUCGAAUAUGGAUUGACAGAUCUAACGCAGCGCGCUUAUGGCAAGGCCAUUCGAUUUGUGGAUGGCGGCACCAAGCAGAUGUCUCAGUACAUACACAGGGUUACGCUCAGCCAACUUAAGCCCAACAGCAGCUAUGUAUAUCACUGCGGCAGCGAGUACGGCUGGUCGGCCAAAUAUCAAUUCCGUACCAUUCCCAGUGCUGACUCCAAUUGGUCCCCGUCACUGGCCAUCUACGGGGAUAUGGGCAAUGAGAACGCCCAGUCGCUGGCCCGGCUGCAACGAGAGACGCAGCUGGGCAUGUACGAUGCGAUCAUUCAUGUGGGUGACUUCGCCUACGACAUGAACACAAAAGAUGCUCGAGUGGGGGAUGAGUUUAUGCGCCAGAUCGAAACGGUGGCCGCCUACCUGCCCUACAUGGUCGUUCCGGGAAAUCAUGAGGAGAAGUUCAAUUUCUCCAAUUAUCGGGCACGAUUCAGCAUGCCGGGCGGCACAGAGAAUCUCUUCUAUAGCUUCGACUUGGGCCCGGUGCACUUCAUUGGCAUAUCCACGGAGGUAUACUACUUCCUGAACUACGGCUUGAAGACGCUCGUCUUUCAAUACGAGUGGCUCAAACGUGAUCUGGAGACGGCCAACCAGCCAGAGAAUCGCGCCAAGCGACCUUGGAUUAUCAUCUAUGGCCAUCGACCGAUGUACUGCAGCAAUGAGAAUGACAACGAUUGCACCCACUCGGAGACCUUGACGCGGGUCGGCUGGCCAUUUGUGCAUAUGUUCGGAUUGGAGCCGCUGCUGUACGAGUACGGCGUGGAUGUGGCCAUAUGGGCGCACGAGCACUCAUACGAACGUCUCUGGCCCAUUUACGACUACAAGGUACGCAAUGGAUCGCUCGGCUCGCCCUAUGAGAAUCCCCGUGCACCGGUGCACAUUAUUACCGGAUCGGCAGGCUGCAAGGAAGGGCGUGAGCCUUUCAAGGGCAAGAUACCCGAGUGGAGCGCAUUCCACAGUCAGGAUUAUGGCUACACGCGUCUCAAGGCGCACAAUGCCACCCAUCUCUAUUUUGAGCAGGUCUCCGAUGAUCAAGGAGGCGCCAUCAUCGACAACUUCUGGCUAAUCAAAGCCCAGCAUGGGGCAUACAGCGAACUGUAAAAGGUUCACAAGGCUAAUUACAUACAAUUUAAAAUGCACACACACACAAUCACAACUGUAGCAAUUG